GUUUACUUUUUGCACCAAUACUCCUUGUUAAGGGCCUUGUUGCCCUGAAUAGGUUCAAUUAGGACCAUCAACUGGUUAUGCUCACCCUAGCAACAUGUACAACCCUUUCACGACUGAAGCAUGGACGGAGUAUGCAGUCGGUAUGGUCAUAAUAUUCUCCCGCAUCACAGCACGUUGUUGGCAGGUCGGAUUGAACUGGGAUGGAGACGACUACUUCACCAUACUUUGCGCCCUCUUCUUUACCGCUGAGCUUGUCAUGCUAGAGCUCAUUGGUAGAUACGGUUCCAUUACAGGAAUGAGUAAUGAGAUUGCAUUGCAACUUACAACUGAGCAAAAACAACGCAUCAUUGUGGGUAGCAAAUGCCUUCUCGCUGGGUGGAUUCUGUACACCACAUUGAUCUGGUGUUUGAAAGCUUGUAUGCUAUUCUUCUAUAGAAGGCUCACCCUCAAUCUCCAGCAAAGGAAUCUCGUCAAGAUCACUGGGGCUGUCUGCAUCGCCGCAUAUAUCGCCACCAUCAUUGUAUUUCUUACACAUUGCCACCCCAUUCAUCGGUUAUGGCAAGUCUAUCCGUAUCCUGGUGACGACUGUGCGCUCAACAUUUCGAAGUACCUAGCUUUGGUAGUCACAAACGUAACUACCGAUCUCAUGAUCCUUUUCAUUCCGUUGCCUCUACUAUGGGGCGUCCGUCUACCUUUCAAAAGGAAGCUGCUGUAUUUUUUCUGGCUCUGCACAGGGAUCUUCAUCAUGACUGCGACAUUACUCCGUUGCAUUCUGUGUCUCCAAGACGUUUCCCAAAUCAACGUUGGUACCAUAUGGUCGAUCCGCGAAACGUUCGUCGGGAUCAUAGCCGUCAACGCACCUAUCCUCAAACCCUUCUUUACUCAGGCCAAAAAAGCUGUUUCCUCCGGCAAGCCAUCACACAACAGUUCUGGCAACGGUCUCCCGGAUAGUCUUCGGUUGUCGCACGUUGAGAGAAAGGGGAAAAAGAGAACUGUCCAUGACAUCACUAAUAUGGACACGAUGAUGAAUGAGAGUGAGGAGCAUAUCAUCAGCCCAGCGGGUAGACCUCGCAGCGAGAUCAGUUCAAGAGAAGAGAGAGGCGAUGUGUGAAACAACCACUACAGAUAAAGCACAUGCGACCCUCACAGGUCAUGAGCCUAUGAGUAGAAACGGACGAGACGUGUGACGCAGGUGACGCGGCAACGUUGAUCGAAAUUCCGCGGAAUCUGCCUUCUCCUCGCGAUGUGCUUUUCAGCAAAGCGAUGCCUGAGGAGAUCCCAUCGGCUGCCACGCAAUACACCACAUAUGUGGGUAUGGCCUAGUCACGAUCUGCG